AUGUUUUCUGAUAAUUAAAUCAGUCUCUUUAAACGAAACUCUAAAUUUUAACCUCAAUUAGCUUCAAUUGAGAAUACUAAACCAAUUAUUGAUACAACAAAGUUAAUUAAAUAUUCUGAUCCUGUUCAUAAGACAUUGUUUGAAUAUCAACAAUAUAAAAAGAAUUAUAAUUAAAUGAAACAAUCAAAAAUAAAAAAAAUACUAUCAAAAUCAGUAGAUAAGACAGCCAAAUAAAUUAUUAAUAGCAAUAGUAUGAUGUCAUCAUCUGUUGAUUACAAAAUGAAAUCAAGUGGACGCAAUUUAAAAUAUAAUUAAAGCACUCAAAGUGUAAUAUCUGAAAGUAAUAUUACAAAAAAAGGAGUUCUCUAUGAUGGAAUCAAUACUUAAGUUUAUCGAAUUCUAAUUGAAGGACAUUUCAAUUAUUAUGCUCUUAAAAUAAGCAAAGUUAAUAUGAAUAAAUGCACAAAGGAAAUAUAUUAUCUUAAAUAAUUAAGACAUCCAAAUAUUAUUGAACUCAAACAUCAUUAUGUAAUUUAUGAUAAAUCUAAUGUAUUUUAUAUUAAAUUAUCUAGGAUAAUAGGCCUAUGUUAUAUGAAAUUAUGCCUUUAAUGAGUUGCAAUUUAAGAUCUUUUCUAUAGCAAUUCUACAAACAUUAGAAUGUUUAGGAGAAUACUAAAAAUAUAGAUGCUAAAUUGAUUAAUCAAAUUAAAUAGGAAAAGAAAGCUAAAUAAAUCUUAUUUAAGUUAUUUAUCUAUUAAAUUGUGAGAGCAAUAUCUUAUUUACAUCAUAAGAAUAUUACUCAUAGAGAUCUUAACCCUAGAAAUGUAUUGAUUGAUGUUGAUACACUCAGUGUAUAACUCUGUGAUUUUAACAGUGCCAAAUAAUUGUUUUCUUCUAUUCCUUCUCCUAAUUAUAUUGGUGAACGUAAUUACAGAGCACCUGAAUUAUUAUUAGGAUCUAAAUUAUAUAAUUAGUAAGUUGAUAUUUGGAGUUUAGGUUGUAUCAUUGCAGAAUGUUUUUUAGGUAAAUAAUUAUUUAAUGGAACCAAUACUGUAGAAACAAUGGCAGAUAUUAUUAGAUUACUUGGAACACCUACACUUUAAGAAAUGAAAAAUCUAAAAUCUUAAAUAUUAGAUCUUAAAAUGCCUGAAAUUCCUAAAUUUCCAAUGGCUAAACGUUUUUAAGAAAUUGAAAAUGAUUAAUUGGUUGAUUUAUUAGAAAAAAUCUUUGUUUAUGAUCCUAAUUAAAGAAUAUCUGCAUUUGAUAUUUUAUUACAUCCUUUUUUUUAAGAAUUAAAAUAACCAAAUAUUAAAAUUAAUUCGAAAUCUUUGCCUAAUUUAUUUAAUUUUACUAAAGGUAUUAUAAUUAUUUAUUUAAAAUUAUAGAAGAGUUAUCAUCAAAUGAAUAUGAAAUGAAUAAAAAUAGAUUAAUUCCAAUAUGGUUUACAGAGAAAUAAAAAAGAUUUGAAUAUUUAACAACUAGUAUGGAUGAUGCUAAAUUAUUAUUAGAUAAAUGA